UAGUCUGUAGAGUGGUCUGUGGACUGUUUUGUAGUCAUGUAGAUAGCGCUGUAUAGGCCGAGAUUAUAAAUGACAGUCACCUGUCAGUUGUCACCAUCUCACCGAAUGACCGAAUACCUUAGACCGUCGCACCGAGCUAUGCGCGCGCAGCAUUUAGGUUGGAAUUUCAUAUCGCAACAUGUGCGACAUCGGCUGCUUUUAGUGUCUCAGUGGGAAGAGUGCAUAACCUUUUGCGAGUAGUAAAUGAUUGUGUUUUUGUUUCAUAUAAUUAAUUUAAAAAAUUUAUAAACUGUCAAGUGUUAAAUGCGGAGCAAAAUGGAUUACCAAAAAAUACCAUCAGUGUUGGAAAAAGCUGAAAAAAUAGUGGAGGAUAAUACAAAACAUCCCGAAGCUUUCUUAACUCCUCAAGAUGAUGUGGCUAGUAAAUUCACACAGGUCACAAAACUACUGUAUGACUCAAUACCAUCAAAGGAUAUCAAUGCCCUACCAGAAUUGCUUACAGAGAAUUUUGAUUACGAGCAAGUUUUCCAGCAACUUGAGCUCUUGAAUGAAUCUCAGUUAGGUAGCUUCAAAGUGGGUAAAAUUUCACAAACUUUAAUGGGUAUAAAAGCUUCAAAACUUCCUUUAAGCCCUACCAGACCCAAUGACAGUCCUAUAAAUUCUGAGACUGAAAAUGAUCAAGAUUUAGAAGGUGACAAUGACGAAGAAGAUCUUGACAAUGAGAGCGAGGAAGAAGAUAAUGCUAAUCAUGAUGAUUUUGAUGAAGAAAAUUCAGAUUCUGAUGAAGAGUCUAAUGAUGAAAAUUUGAACAGUGAAAAUAUUGCUGUAAAUCCAAAAAAAAGGAAAAAAUCUGAGGUAGACGAUAAAUUUUUCAAAUUAGAUCAAUUAGAUGAGUUUUUAAAAAAUGAAGAUCAAAAGGAGUACAAGAAAAAUAAAAAAUCGACUGAAAGUUCUGAUGAAGAUGAAUUAGGUUCUGUUGAUAUGGACAUGUUUAAGGCAUUGGAUGAUGAAGAUGGCGCAGAAAUUAAAUACAACGAUUUCUUUGACUAUCCGGAGAGUGACGAAGAAGAUAAACCAGACAAGAAAAAAGUUCGAUUUGAUCUUGGGAAUGAAGAAGAUGACAAUGAAAGUGAUGAAGACAAAGAAGAUGGUGGAUUCGAAGAUAAAGAUGUUGAAAUGGAUGAUGAUCAAAAUGAUGAUAAUAGUAAAAAAGCUCCGUUAAAUCUGUUUGAAUCAAAUGAAGCUUCAGAUGAAGAAGAAAGUGCCCCUAAGUCAACAUUAGAAAUUAAGCAAGAAAGAUUGAAGAAGAAAAUAAAGCACUUGGAAGAAGCAGCUAUUUCUGAAAAGCCAUGGCAGUUGCAAGGACAAGUGAGUGCUCAAUCAAGGCCAGAAAAUUCCCUUUUAGAAAAUUAUGUAGAAUUUGAUGCUGGAUCAAGACCAGCACUUAUCACAACUCAAGAAACAAAUAUAUCAAUAGAAGAUAUUAUAAUACAAAGAAUUAAAGACAAAGCGUGGGAUGAUGUUGUUAAGAAGUAUAAAACGAUUGAAACACCUGUAGAGUUUAAGAAAAAGCUUGUUAUGAAUCAAGAAAAGAGCAAGGAAAGUUUAGCUCAAAUUUAUGAAAAUGAAUACAUUAAACAACGAGAGGCUCUUAAUCCAGAAGAUCCAGAAGAGCGACAAGAGGAAGAACCUAAAGAGCAUAUUGAACUAAAGGAAAGAAUGCAUGCUCUAAUAAAAAAAUUAGAUGCAUUAUGCAAUUAUCAUUACACUCCUAAAGUGGCUAAACCAGAGGUGAAAAUUAUUAGCAAUGUACCAGCUGUUUCUAUGGAAGAGGUUGCUCCAGUCGCGACUACAGAUGCUACACUUCUUGCUCCAGAGGAAGUUAGAGCUAAGGAGAAGAGUGCACCUCUUGGAGAAACUGAAAAAACAAAGACCGACAAAAAGAGAGAAAGAAGGAAGAAGAAGCGUAAGCAACAUGCACAUGCUGUUCGUGCAGAAAAGAAAGCAGCACAAGGCUAUGUGUCUAAAUCAAUCAAAGAUUUGAAGGGAAGAAAUAUUGUUCACGCCGAAAAUGAUAAAAAUAAUGAGAAGCCUAUUAAAUCGUCGACGGCAUUCUUUGCAAAGUUACAAGAUCAAGCAACAAAUGCUAUAAACCUUAAAACAAAAUCAUCUGCCAAAAAAACAAAACCUGUUUUAAGUGCUAAAAAAUUGAAGUUGUAGAUGUUUCCAAUGUUAUCAUUAUGUGGUUAUGUAAAUAGUUGUAAAUAGUGCAUUUAUUUAAAUACAAUUUUUCACGCUAUUAAUAUAAAUGUACUUUCUUGAAACGAUCCCAAAAAAUACCCCGAAUACCAGAAUAUUAUACUAUUAAAAU